AUGACGAACCCCAAGGGUUAUCGGCGCGGCACGCGUUACAUGUUUGCGCGAAAGUUCCGCAAACAUGGUGUUCUACCUUCUGGUGUCUACAUGCGUGUUUACAAGCGUGGGGACAUUGUUGAUGUUGUUGGUGACGGUGGUGUCCAAAAGGGCAUGCCCCAUAAGUCAUACCACGGUAAAACUGGUCGCGUGUAUAACGUGACGAAGCAUGCUGUCGGUGUUAUCGUGAACAAACGUGUUGGUAAUCGUAUUAUCCCCAAACGCAUCAAUGUGAGGGUCGAGCACGUUCGUCCAAGCAAGUGCCGCGUAGAAUUCCUUGAGCGUGUCAAGGAAAACGAUAGGAGACGCAAGGAAGCUAAGGAGAAGGGCAUUCGAUGCACUCUUAAACGGAAGCCUAAACUUCCCCGCCGUGCUCAUCUUGUUAUCACAAAGAAAAGGCCAGUUGUAGACCUUCAGCCUUUGCCAUAUGAAUUGAUUGCAUAA